AUGGACACCCCCAGUGACGAUGAAGAUGAGGUCAAAAACGAGAAGAAAUCUCAAAACUUGAAGAAGUCACAGAGUAUCAAAAAUAAAGAAAAAGCAAAGCAAGUUGCAAGCAACAUUAAAGAGAGCAUGCUGCCACAAAGCUACCCUAACCAAGUGGUGUACGUCAAGAAGCAUGUGCUAGAGACUUAUCUCAACAAACUCAAAGUUCUUAGAGACAACUUGCAAGAUAUUCAGAAAUUGCUGAAGACCCUGGACGUGAACACUCUCCCGGAAGGCGACGUGCAACUCAUGGAGCAGCUCACGUCGCUCGAGGCGAAGGUGCGGCACCAGGCGGAUAAGGUGGCCAACAUGGUGGUCGAGCCAGGUUAUGGGCCCAGGGCCAGGGCCAGGGCUCCAGAUCCAGAAGUAUAC